AUGGCGAUGCUAGAUAGGCAACAUUCCAACAUUUUGGAAAUUACCAUCAGGUUUAUGCUACCCUCAGGAAUUAAUGGAAUCAAGAGGUUGUUUGAGCCUUUUCUUGUGGAGCAGGAAGCUGUAUUGUUUCCUGAUCUGCCAGCAGCCUUCAGAGUUUGCAUCUGCUUGGCCAACGUUGUGUCUCUGAGUUUAUCUCAGGUCCGGGCAAAGUCCACUGAGGGCUCCAAUGGAAUCCACAAAGCAAACGCCAGAGAGGACAUUAAGUGGAAACCCAGCCUAAAACUGAGGGGCCUGUCCAUUCCAGACUGGAUCCUGGGCUCAGCUGUUCUGGCUUGCAAUGAUGCCACUGGUGAUGAGGUCUCCAGUGGCAGCUUUUAUGACAGAGCUCCCUGGCUGGUUCCUGUUUUCUGGGAUCUUUCUGCCCGUGACUCUGCUGCUGCUCCUUCUCAUUGCUUACUUCAGAAUCAAAUUGAUGGAGUUUCUUCACUUCUCUGGCAGGAGUUAAUGCAGAAGUGGCACAGGCUUCUGAUCCCCAAGACAUUAACCGAGAUGACUAUCUCCAGUACCAGAGACGGAAGAAGCAAUACGACAUUCAGAGAUCAGCCACAAAAACAAAAUGAGUUUAAAGGGAUUCGCUGGGCUGGCAGAUAACCAGCAACAUAUUGCUCAUAUCUAGGCACAUAAAACAAAACCUCGAGGGAAACAAAAUGGUAAGAGGUUUGUCCUGUAUGCUAUCCGGCACAUAAAUAGCAACUGUCAUCCGUAGGGCCUCAUCACUUCAUUUUAUCUUCUGUGAGAUGCAGCUAAACAACAGUUUUUCUGAUUCACCGUCAACAGUGGUUUACUAAAAUACAGUGUGAAUUUUUAACAAGAAUUCUCCCUCUUUUUUUAAUACUUGGCUUCAGGGAAGCAAACAUCGAAUGAGUCUAUUUGAGUUUGGUGGUU